AAUUUGCGGUGAUUCUUACACGGAAUUUGAUUGGUGUAGAAGGAGGGUAAAGCGAAAGUUAAGAUGUCUGCGCCCAUGUCAGCAGCAAUGUCAAUUUCACUCCUGGUGAUGAUCGGAUUAUGCAGCGUGUGGGUUGACGUUACUGAGCAGAUGACGGAUGAUGAGUUUGAAGGUGGAUCAAGAGCAUUAGUUCUGGAACACAGUUUUGAUUCUGGAUUGAAUCCAACUUUUUCUAAAAAGGGAACUGUAAUUUUAAAAUCUCUGAAGGGAAAUCGAGCUUUCUUCUCACAGUCUGCACCAUUAACCAUUGAUGAACAAACAAAACUGAAGGAAUUGGCCAGGAAUAAUGAUAUAUACCGUUUGAGGCUGCAGACCGGGUCAGGUUCGUCUAGUGGAGAGUAUGUCACCACUUACACACCAGCGUGCGGAAUCUUGUCAUCCAAUCUGUCUGACCACAUAUGGAUUCACUUUGACCAGUCUGGAGAGGUCAUGGGUAUCUCCGUGGAAACGACCUCCUCCUUGUGUACUCCUGUCGACAGUUUCUCUCUACGAGAUUGGAAUACCAGCAUGGAAGUGUCCCAGACUGUGCUGGGUCCUAUGCCAGAUACUCAGAGUUACAUAGAAAAAUUAAAACGAGAGGAACAAGAGAGGUCCAAAGGUCAGACCGAGGACAAACGCUCAUUCUUAGCCAAAUAUUGUGUCCCUACCCCAGUAGAUUUAACCAUGCAUUCCACUGAGGACUAUACUGGCCAUACAGAACAGUGGAUGUACAUCGUCCCCAUCGUCUUGGUGAUGAUGCUGUCCGGGGCCGGUGACCAGCAAGGUCAGGGAGGGGGCGGAGGAGGAGGGGGAGGUGGUCAGUGAUCACGUGUCACAUGCGGACAUUCCGAAGACUGAAAUUACCAUCAUUUUUAAAGUACAUUUUAACAUAUAAAUUCAUGUUUGCUGAAACUGAAAGAUACACGAGAUAAAAUAAUGGUAGAAAUGGAAGGACAAGUGCAAACAUUACUCCCUUGCAUGUACACCUACAACACAGAAGUCUUUUGUAGGGGAGAAUUUAUUUAGGUACUUUUUAACGUAAUCAACCUUACAACCUUUCCAAUUUUUUUAUGUGUAUAAAAAGUGUUUAAAUGAUUCAUUGUUAUGUGUGGUUUCUAUGAUAUUGUGAGUGUAUUAUCUCCCUGUGGUGGGGGGUUGAGUGCAUUGUAGAUCUUAAGUAUGUGCUAUGUAGCAAAUCUUGGAACACUAUUUAUAAUUUGUUUCAUGUUACACUAUAUAUUUUUCGGCAUGCUUGUACUACAAACAUUUGAGAAAAAUACAUGUAUUUCUACAAUAUUUUAUUGUAUAGGUAGUUCAUAUUCUUUGUAUAGUAGUACGUUUUUUGCAUAGAAGAUGCUUUUAUGUUAAUUUUCCUUUCAAUAUAAUUUACAAACAUAGGCACCAUUCAGUAAAUUAGAUUUUAAACCUGCUUUUAAAAGAAUUUUUAUACGGUUAAAUUAUAUACCUCAGACGCUUCUUUUCUUCUUCAGAAAUUUUAGUAAAACCAUAGAAUAUUGAUUCAAUAUAUCUAAAGUUGAAAAAAUGGCCAUGUAUGCUAGUAAUGUUGUUUACCAAUGAUAUUUUUCUUGUUUACCAUAGAAUGUCAAGUUCCCAAACGUAAUGCGUGCUCAAAAGAUUCACUCCCAGUUUUGAAAUGGUCAUUCCAACGUUAAUAUUUCAAAUCUAAUCACUGCCAGCCUUCCAUGUGGGCACGAUAGUUCGUGGUCUGUUGUUUUCCUUGGAUUAUUGAAUAAAUAAAGAGAACUCGAUGGAGACUGCGUCUUCAUUUCAUCCAUUAUACAAACCCUCCGCUAAUCUCAUAGACUCCCUGUCACUGUCAUUCCGGAGUUAGAGAGAAGGGUUAAACGCUAUACCUCUCAGGUAGAGAAAUGAAUUUUAUCCAAGUUUGCGCGUAACUUGUGUGAUUGUAGAGUAAACUUGUUAAUGCAUAGCAUGUACUAAAGAUGGCAUUACUUGAUGUUCGAUGUCUAUGAAUUUGAAAUAUUAUUCAAGACAAGUCCAGAUUUUAGAGAUACUAGAUAUACUUUUUGUUUUUGUUGUAAUUGAAAAAUUGGUGUUAUUUUCCCUUAAAAAUCGUCGAUACAAAUUAUUGAUAUAGUGUCAGGAAGUAUUACCAAUUUGAAAUAUGUUGUAGAAUGUGUAGUAUAUAGAAGAAAAUAAAAUCAUACAUGUCUCUA